GUUGUGACGUAUAAAGUCCGAUUUGUUUUUAUAUCUUGAGUCGGAAUCAAAAAUUCAAAAUCAAAUAGACUUUGAACCUUGUUAAAUUUUGUUCUAGUUCAGUUGUUUUUUUAUUAAAUUCUUUAUUUAAAACUCCAUUUUUUAACUCUUAUCACAAUGUCACUAGUAGCGAAAUCUUUAGUUUUCUUGAAUCCUGCAAAAUUAGCACCCGGAAUAUUAUCAAGAUUAUAUUCUUCUAAAAUUGAAGUGCCACAGUUUGAAACAUUAGCAGUAUCUGUUCCUUCGAAAAAUGUCUUCCAUGUUGAGAUCAACCGACCUAAACAGUUGAAUACUUUUAAUGGAGCUAUGUGGAAAGACUUCUAUGAUUGCUUCAUGUCAUUAAACAACAAUCCUGAAUGCAGAGUCAUUGUGUUAUCCGCAAGAGGAAAACAUUUCACAGCAGGUAUUGACUUCAAUAGUCUUCUCGAAGAGGAGAGCAAAGCCCAGGAGUACGAUGACGUAGCGAGAAAAUCACGCAUUUUCCAAUCAUUAAUCACUUAUUGUCAAAAUGGAAUAUCAGCAUUGGAAGAUUGUGUAAAGCCAGUGCUAUCUGUGGUGCAUAACGCUUGCAUCGGUGCCGGUGUGGAUCUCAUAACCGCUGCUGAUAUGAGAUACUGCACAGAAGAAGCGUUUUUUCAGGUGAAAGAAGUGGACCUUGGUCUCGCUGCAGAUGUAGGAUCUCUGCAAAGACUUCCUAAGGUGAUUGGCAACACAUCAACGGUGAGGGAGCUUUGCUUCACAGCGAGGAGAUUGGAGGCCAAAGAAGCAUUAGAACUUGGUUUAGUCAGCAAAGUGUUCCCAGACAAAGACACUGCAAUUCAGAAAAUUCUUGAAAUAGCUCAAACGAUCGCCUCCAAGAGUCCAGUUGCUGUUCAAAUGACGAAGAAAUCGAUGGUCUACUCCCAAAGUAGACCCAACGAGGAUGGCCUUGAACACAUUAAAUUAAUCAAUCAAAUGAUGCUGCAAAGUGAAGAUUUAAGAAAAGCAGCAAUGGCCCAAGCAACUAAGACUGUGACUGAAUUUGAUAAUUUGUAAUUUUU